AUGGGCGAGCACAACCUCCUUAAUCCCGGCUUUGUGGGACCUCUGGUGAACAUCCACACGGGAGACACCUUCUACUUCCCCAAUUUCCGAGCCUCCGGAGGGCAGCUGCCCGGGCUGCCGUCCCUCUCCUACCCCCGCCGGGACAACGUCUGCUCCCUGCCCUGGGCAUCCUCGGAGCCCUGCAACGGGUACCCGCAGCCCUACCUGAGCAGCCCCGUCUCCAUUAACCCUUCAUUCGGCAGAGCCUGCGACCUCGCCCGGGUGGAGGAAAGCAAAUGCUACUACCGGGAAACCUGCUCCGACACGGCCGGGCUCAAGCGGGAGGAGAGGGGCAGGGACAGUGCCUUGCUGCCCCUCGAAGCCGGCCUCCCCAAUGGCAUGGGGGGCAAUUUCAGCAAAUAUGACUAUCCGGCCGCCGAGGCAGUGCCCCACGACCCUCCGUCGUGCCAGUCCUUGGAGUCAGACUCCAGCUCGUCCUUGCUCAAUGAAGGGAAUAAAGGCACGGCCGGCGAAGCGGGGGGCUUGGUGUCCCCCCUGAACCAAGGCAGCACUUUAGGCACCGGUGGUGCUCCUUGGUACCCGAUGCACACACGGUCCCGGAAAAAGCGAAAACCCUAUUCCAAGCUGCAGCUGGCAGAGCUGGAGGGGGAGUUUAUGGUCAAUGAAUUCAUUACUCGCCAAAGAAGGAGGGAGCUCUCAGACCGAUUAAACCUGAGCGACCAGCAGGUGAAGAUCUGGUUCCAGAACCGGCGCAUGAAAAAGAAAAGACUCCUCCUGAGAGAGCAAGCCCUUUCUUUCUUUUAAAGUUUUAAAAGCGUCCGUGUUGGGUAAAAAAAAAAAAAAAAAAAAAAAAAAAAAAAUUACAUAGACUUUCUAGCGUUCACCCGAGCUCCCGGGACUUUACCUGACCACUCUUCACCCCCUCACACACCCCUCCCCGCCCAGAAAUAAAUGAAUAAAGAGAUAAUAUUAAUAAAUAACCAGUUUCCCUUAAAAUACGAAGCCCGGCAGCCAGCACGUAGAGUACAAGAACAUGCACCUCCUCCGCUGCGACUGCGGGGGGAGAGACCGAGCGACUGCGGCUGGCGAGAGGCAGCCCCAGCGGCCGGGCUGCUGCUUCCAGAGAUGCUCGGCGUGCUGAAGGGGAGGUUUUCAGUGCGACUUCAGCCGCCGGUCAUUUGCCAGCAGCGCAGGUAGGGUUUCCGUGCAUCGCCGGGAGCCGUCGGGGGCCGUCGGGGCCGCUGCUCCCCGCUCCCCUCUCGGUUUCGGAGGCGGCGAGAGCGGGGCGAGGGCGAGGAGAGAGAAAUCCGCACCUCUUGGGGCUGUUUCGGGGCUUCGUGGGAAGCGGGGGAGGGGAAAAUAGAAAAAAAAAAAAAAAGAAAGGGGGGGGAAUAGGGAUGUGGAUGGGGUACGUCUUCUUAAAGCACCGGACCCCCAUCCGCAUGGAAGAUGUUUGUUUUUUUUUCAGUGCACGGUGUUACCCAGAUAUGUGUGGGGUCAGUAUAAAAGGAAGGUUUGCGGCUAGGCUCAAUCAGUAUCUUUAGGAAAAGGCGAGAGACAAAGACUGUGUAUAUAUCCGGUGUAUAUGGUAUAUAGCUAUAUAAUAUAUGAGGUACGUGUAUCACACUGUGUCCCUAUAGAUUUGAGAGUGGUGACUGUGCCCAGGCUUUGGUGCAGGCGGCGGUGGUGGUGUCCCCAAUGCCAGACUGUCAUAAGAAGGAAAAUGCACACACGCACCUCUAGCAAACCCUUCCAGGAAAAUCUGAAUUCCCCUCCACUUUAAAGUGAGCCUUUCGGAGAUUUUUGCUCUCUGAAAUCACAGCCAAGUGAGUUCUCUGCACUAGCCCCAAAUUAUAUUCGUGUCCCCCCCUCAAAAAAUGACGUUUCUUUGGAACAACUCUGCUGACGGAGUAUUUAUGCUGUUUUGCUGUGUUUAUUGAUGACAAUGUAGGAAAAGAGGUAGAAAAAAAUCCUCAUUUUUUUGUACCCUCCGGUGAUAACAGCCUGUUGGAGUCUGGCUGAGCGAGCUGCAUCUCUGUCCUUGAGAUGGCUCGAAAGACGAGCUUUGCCAUUUGGGUGCUAUUUUCCCAAUAAAGGGAAAAAAAAUAAAAAAGAAAAAAAAGAGAGAGAGAGAGAGAAAAGGAGACUGCGGUUUCUUUUAAGGAAGCAUGUCUUAUUCAGCUAUAGGGAAAAGAUAACCUGCCUUCCUUCUCCAGCUGCCCAUCAGGUUAAAAACCUACACGAUUCUAGAAAGGGCAAUGCUUGCUUUACCUCCCUAAAAAGUCACUCUAGCUGCAAAUAGAGCCAGCCUCAUCGUUAAGAAGAGGUCUUAGAGUUUGGGGUCAGGGGGUGUUUGUCGGCCCCCUAAAGCACUGUCUGGCUUUUUUCCCUCCCAGGGCAGUAGAGGGGGGCCUGGUAGGAUGCGACGUGUUUUGUUUGUACGUGUGCUCGGGUUUCCUGGAGAAAAAACACCAGUUUUCGCUAUUCCCCGUCAGGUGUGUUGUGAAGGCACUUUUAGGUGGUCGGCGGAGGCGAAGCAGCGAGGGCAGGACGGGGGAGCAGCAGAUUUAGGGCCGUGAGGAGCUUUGCCUGCAUGGGAAAUUUUAAUUCAGCCUAAAAAGGAAAAAUGGGAAUUUUUAAUUCAGGUUAAAAGGGGAGAAGGGGGCCACGGUGCUGCAGCCUGCUGCUUUGCCACGCUGUGCUUUGCUCCAUUCGUUUUAUAUCGGAGGGGGGAUUAAUUUUAUGGCAAAGCAGCGUUUUCUGGGAAGUCUGGAUGCUCACCACGUGCUCUCGCUUCCCCGCGUUCAUGGUCAUGACCAGCAGCGGCGAGGAAUGCUUUUAUUUACGAGCUGCAAAGGAUGGAGCCGGCUCCUUCACAAUCCCUCCCUGGGCUACAAGGAGCCUUUCUUUCAGCUGCAUUUCCCUUCCCAGGGCAGGAGGAUCCCGCAGCCCCCGCCGCUCACCUCCUUCCUCCCUCGCCCCUUCCCCGGCUGCUUCC